AAAGGUGAAUUCACGUGGGAUACUGGACUUCAACAUAUGGCAUUGGGUGCUUUUUAUUUUGGAUACGUGAUAAUCCAAAUUCCAGGUGGAAUGCUGGCCGAAAAAUAUCACGCCAAACAUUUCUUUGGCGUUGGAGUUCUCAUUACUUCCAUAUUUACCCUAUUAACUCCAGCUGCGGCCAGGCACAGUAUUGGAGCUUUAAUAGCGGCUCGUUUUAUUCAAGGGCUUGGACAGGCUGCUACCUGGCCAGCUAUGAAUACCCUUAUAGGACGAUGGGUACCAACCAUGGAAAGAAGUCGAGUCUCUGCAAUCGUUUAUACUGGCUGUACAGUGGGUGUUGUUGUAUCAUUUGCAGUAUCCGGAGUUCUGUGUGACAGCGACUUUCUGGGGGGAUGGCCAUCUGUAUUCUAUGUUUUCGGUGCUAUUGGAUGCAUAUGGUAUCUUUUCUGGCAUUUUCUAAUUUACGAACGACCAGAAGAUCAUCCCCGAAUAACUAAAGCCGAGCUAGCUUUGAUAAAAAAGGGACAGAGUGAAAUCAUUCAGAAAGAGCUCGUCAUACCUUGGAAGUCUAUCCUAACAUCACCUCCAGUGUGGGGAUUAGUUAUCGUACACUUCUGCCAAGACUGGGGAAAUUACACGUUACUCACUGAAACCCCUCUUUAUUUGAGUUAUGCUCUGCAUUUCGAUAUUGAAAAGAAUGGCUUGUUGUCAGCUCUUCCCCAGAUAAUGAGUGCUAUUAUGGCUUUUAUUGCAAGCAUUGUUGCUGAUAAACUUCGGCAGAAAGGACGUUUCGGUAUCACCAGUAUUCGAAAAGUCGUCAAUUCCAUUGGUUUCUACGGUCCAGGAGCCUGUCUCCUGCUUGUGGCUUUUGUUGGAUGUUCUCCCACAACAAUCAUCAUUCUUCUCUGUCUAGCUUUGGGCUUCAAUGGAUUUAUCUAUUCUGGAUUCAAUGUAACUCAUGUUGAUAUGAGUCCAGAGUUUGCUGGUACUCUGAUGGCUGUAACAAAUACUGUGGCAAACACAGCUGGGUUUUUAGUUCCUAUGUUCACUGGAUACAUCAUAAAAGAUGGAAGUACUCUUCAAAACUGGGGAUAUGUGUUCAUAACAGCCUUCGCCAUCUUUUUCUUUGGUGGAACAAUAUUUAACUUCCUUUGUUCUGCAGAGUUGCAAGAAUGGAAAACGACCGGUGAUAAAUCAGACACCAAUGGAGAUAACAGAAGCAUUGCCUCUCAUCAGACCGAUCAACCCUUCAGCGAGGAACAAAGAGAAGUUUUCCGCUUCAGGAGGAUGAGUUUUACUGUAUGAGAUUUUACGAACGCAACUAUCUCAACUGAUAGCAUCAGAAACAUUGCAUGGAUUUUAAUAAAUUCAUAUCAUAUGAAAAUAGGAGGAGCUGGAAACGCUACGCAUUUAUAUCCGCAUUUUUGGGAAAAAUGACUUUUAUGUAAAUAUUAUUUCUCAUUCUGGUAAUGUCUCCAAUGCUGUUUAGAAUUAUAGACCAUUUGGAUUAGGACUGAUAUGGAAAAGAUGGGCAGAUAAAUGGCCUCAGGUUGCUUUCAUGAAACAAAUGGCAAAUUAAAGAGAAUUGGACUGUGUAGUAAUAAACCAUCUCUUUUCUAAAGGUAACAUUAUUAGAGAUUGGCUGUUGAAUAGCUUACUCCACAGAUUACUUAAAAGAAACAAA